GUCUGUGUGUAGGACUUAUAUGUAUGAAGCCUACUAGAUGAUGAUAAAAUAACUUUGGUUUAAGACAUUCAAUUAGAUUACAAUAUAUGACUUAUUUACCUUCAACUAAGAUGACUAGUAUAAAUAAACUACCUAAAGGUUUAAUCCUUGCACAUAUUAAUAUAUGUAGUCUAAGGAACAAGAUUCAAGACCUGUCUUUAUUUUUACAUGUAAACAAAAUAGACAUACUUAUGAUUUCUGAAACUCAUCUGGAUCACUUCAUAGACAAUUCAGAGGUCGAUAUAGGAGGGUUUUCAAUUUAUAGAAAAGAUCGAAACCGGUUUGGAGGUGGUGUGGCCAUUUAUAUACGGGAUAAUUUUCCUGUUAAACUAAGAUAUGACUUGAUGUGUGAUGAUGUUGAAGUGUUAUGGUUACAGGUACAACUUCCACAUUUAAAACCGAUUAUUCUUGGUUGUUGUUAUAGGCCACCUAGUGCCAGGAUAGAGUAUGUAAAUGGUUUAUGUAACAUGCUAGACAAGGUGACUGAGGAAAACAGAGAACUAUACUGGCUGGGAGAUCUAAAUAUUGAUUGGCUGUCGGAUAUUUGUCCUCUGAAGAAUAAGCUUAAAACUAUGACAGACACCUGUGGUUUAUCUCAAUUAAUGGAUCAGCCAACAAGAAUUUCUAGUAACAAUACAAGAUCUUUAACAUCGAAAUGUAUUGAUCAUAUUUAUACUAACAAUCCUGAUGUGUGUUCGACACCUGUUUCUGUAACAGUUGGAUUUAGUGAUCACAACUGUAUUGCGGUCUCUAGGAGAACUAAGCUACCUAAAGCCUGUCCUAAAAUUAUUAUGAAAAGAUCUUAUAGGGCAUUUAAUGAGGAGAGUUUUCUAAAUGAAUUGGAUAAUAUUAAAUGGAAUUUGAUAUGUGACAUUGAUGAUGUAGAUGCAUCUCUUAAUUUAUUUAUGGAUUGUUUUAUGAGAGUUGUUAACAAUCAUGCCCCAUUAAAGAAAUUUACAGUUAAAGCCAAAAGGGCUCCUUGGGUUGACACGGAGUUAAGGAGCUUAAUGGCUCAAAGGGAAGAGGCUAAAAAGGUUGCGGUUCUUUCUGACUCGUUUAAAGACAGAAAAUGUUAUUGUAUUUUAAGGAAUCAGGUAACCAAGGUGAACAGAGUGAAAAAGAAAAAAUAUUUUCAGAAGAGAAUUGACGAUAGUGGUACAGAUUGUAAGAGAAUGUGGAAUGUACUCAAUGAUAUCAUGGGAAAAAAAUCUACUCGUACUUCUUUUGUUGAAUGGAAGGGAGUUUAUUUGACUAAGCCAAUACAGAUUGCAAAUUAUUUUAAUGAUUAUUUUGUAAAUAAGGUUUCUAACUUUAGAGAGACAAUGAAAUCCACUGUUGAUUCCAACUUAAAUGAGCUAAUUGAAAGGUGUAUUAUGAAAGAUAAACUGUGUAGUUUUGAAUUUCAUCGGGUUAAUGUUGUGCAGGUGGAAAUGUUGCUGAGAUCUUUGACUGUUGAUGUCUGAUUGAUGGUGAGUGUCCAAAACUUUGGAAGGAGGGUAAGAUAAUUCCUUUACCCAAAGACACAAAAUCAACUUUCUGUGGUUCAAAUAGUAGGCCUAUAAGCAUUUUGCCUAUUCUAAGUAAAUUAUUGGAAAAGAUUGUAUUUAAGCAAGUGCAAGAUUAUUUUUCUAACAAUGAUUUGACUACGAUGUUUCAGCAUGCUUAUAGGUAUGGUCAUUCAACCUGCACUGCAAUGACACAAAUGUCGGAUAGCUGGCUAACAUCAAUUGAUAAUUCAAUGCUAGUGGGUACACUAUUACUGGACUUUAGUGCGGCUUUUGAUGUGAUCGACCACGAAAUUUUGAUUUCCAAACUUAUUAGUUAUGGUUUCACUUCCUCCGCAAUCAAGUGGUUUAAGAGCUAUUUGUCGGAGAGGUCGCAAAGAGUUUAUUUUAAUGGUGCAUUAUCGUGUAGCAAGUCUUUGGAUUGUGGUGUUCCUCAAGGAAGUUGCCUAGGACCUUUGCUAUUUGCAAUUUUUAUAAAUGAUAUGCCGUAUAUACUCAGUAAGGCUACAUUGACUAUGUUUGCUGACGAUACUACUCUUUAUUAUGCAGCUCCUACAUGUUUAGAGCUUAAUCAGGUUCUGUCUUGUGAGAUUAGCAAAUUGUAUAACUGGAUCAAAACAAAUAAACUUGUUCUAAAUAUUUCAAAAACUAUGAGUAUAAUAUUUGGUUCGAAAUAUAGAUUAUCUGAUUAUCCUAAACUUACUUUACAUGUAAAUGGUCAAAAUAUACAGCAAGUAAAAAAGGUAAAGCUUCUUGGACUUUGGCUUGAUUCCACACUGUCAUGGUCUGAUCACAUUAAUACAGUUGUGGCUAAAAUGGGUAGAGCUGUUGCAGUUGUGCGUAAAUGUGCACAGUUUCUAAAUUCACAGCUAUUUAGUCGUGUUGUGUGUACGUUGGUUUUGUGUCAUUUAGAUUACUGUUCUGUUGUAUGGUCUGCUGCAUCAAGUAGUCAUUUAAGAAAAUUACAAGUGGCUCAAAACAAGGCUGCAAGACUGGUUCUUGGUUGUUCUUCGAGAACCAAUGUUGCGGAGAUGCAUGAACGUCUUGCUUGGAUGUUGGUCAAGCAUAGACUAUCUGCUAAUAUGUUAGUAUACCUUCAUAGAAUUAUUACCAUUCGGACUCCUACAUUUUUUUAUGAUAAUAUAAUUUACUAUUCAGAUAUGCAUUUACAUUACACAAGAGGGGCGAAUAGUCGACAGAUCUCUUU